AUGAUUCAGUUGGAAAUCAAUGAAAAUGCCAGUAAAUAUUUAUUUAUAUCAGUAAUAGAGUAUUAUAUAAGGAAGGAGUUAUUGCCAUUAUUAACAACUGUUAAUAAUCAUCAUAUUAUAUUGAAACAUCAAUUUAACUGUUUAUUAGAUUUAUUAUUUAAUGAGAAGAAGACCGAAUUAUACAAGGCAGAUCAUAAUAUAAUCAAUGAAUUUAAUAUAAAACAAGUUUCAAAAAUUGAUUUGGUGGUUAGUUUAUUAAAUGGGAAUAAAGAAUUAAAAUUACCAAAAGUUACAACAUUUGAUAUAAUUGAAAAGUUAAAUAAUAAUCAACAAUUUAAUCAAGACAUCAAUAUAGUUGAAGAAAAUAUAUUAAAUAAAUUACUUUUAUUAUUUCAUGAAAUAUUCAAUUUUUAUUCAAAUUUCAAAUUAGAAGAUAUAAAUUCUUAUAUUAGUCAAUUUAUAAUAACCGAGAGUAAUAAUUCAUCACAAUUUGAUUCAAUUUUAAAUUAUUUAGGUACUAAAAAUGUUGAUCUAGAUGGUUUUUACCAAUCAUUUUGUUCAUUAUUAAAUUUCCAACUUAAAUUAUUAACUAAUGAUUAUGACGAUAACUCAAAUGAUUUAGAAAUUAAUAAAUUUAGAGAAUUGGGUAAUAAUUUAAUGUCAAAUCAAGCUUAUGCUCAAGCUAUAAAGAUUUAUACUGAUGCUUUAAAUUUAUAUUCUACAACUAUCAAUUUAAAGAAAUUUCCUCAAUUAUAUACAAAUAGAUCAAUUUCAUUUAUUGGUUUAAAUUGUGUACCUGAAGCUAUAAAUGAUUUAAAUUCUGCUUUAAUUUUAGAUAGAUGUUUUACACCAGCUUGGACUCAAUUAGGUUAUUGUCAUUUAUAUAUGGGUAAUGCAUUAAUUGCAUUAAAUUGUUAUUUAAUUGCCCUUAAAACUACCGUUGGUGAAAUUUAUCCAAUUGAAAAUUUUCCAAAACAUUUAAUUGAUGAUUUUAAACAAAAUAAGUUGAAAUUAAUUUUACCUCAAUUUAUUCAAAGAUUAAGUCAAGCUAUUGCAUUAACUGAAAAAAGAUCAUAUCAACAAAAUGAACCAGAAGAUAAAAUAAAAAAAAUUGUUAGUGAAGUUAUAAGAAUUUUAGCUCAUUUAAGAGCAAUUAGUUCUGAUCAAGAUCGUGAUUUUUUUACUUAUUUGCCAGUUUAUAGAGAUUCAAAUUUAAGAACCUUAAGUGAAAGAUCAAAUCUUAUUAGACCAAAUAUUUUAACUUCAGAAGUUUCACAAAAUAUGUUAACAAGAAAUAGUUUACAAGUUUCUGAAAUUAGUCCAGUAACAAACACUACAACAACGACAAAUAAUGAACAACAAACUAAUGAACCAAGAACUAAUGAAACAAGAACUACAAAUACUGAUGGUGGUGAUAGAUCUACUGUUGAUAUAAUUAUGGGAAUGAUGAAUGGUGGUGAGAAUAAUAAUAAUAAUGGUAGUAAUAAUAAUAAUAUCACUAAUAAUAAUAGUAAUAAUAACAAUAAUAAUGAAGGUAAUUCAAACGUAUUUGAAUUGUUCAGAAAUUUCAUUUCUGAAAAUAGAAAUGGUCAGGGUGGUCAGGGUCCAAAUGAAACUACAAAUCCAGAUGGUGGUAUAAUGAGAGAUAUAUUUGGAGGUAAUUUUCCACAAAAUUUAAUACAAGGUAUUGAAAGAAUGGCAAAUAGUGGAAAUGGUAGAGUUAUAAUUAAUGGAAGAGAAGUUUAUCCACCAAGACAAACUACUCAAAAUUCAAAUACGAAUACAAAUCAACAACCACAAAAUCGAGAAGUACAAAAUCAAGAAGAACAAAAUCAAGAUCGAAAUCAAACUCAAGAUUCAAAUCAAAGAUCUGGAGAUGAUGUAGAAAUGGGAGAAUUGGACUAA